CAAAGGCGGAGGAGGGAAAGGCUCACUUUGGUUGCUUCAUGAGCAUUGUCUAAGCCACCCGAGCGCGGGGCGGAUACUUCGUCGCUGAGCAAUAUGCCGACGUUCCCAUUUUCCCAUUUCCUGCCACCCUACUUUUUAUUUUAUUCCCUUUCAUUCAAGCAUGCCUCGAUCCCCAUCGCCGUCCUAUCGCCAUCGCAGUCGUAACCGUGAGAGUCGUUAUCAUGAUCUAGACCGACCUCGACGUUCAUCACGAUCGCCGUCGCCUUCUCGACCCGUCUCAAGGUCACCGUCUCCUUACCGAGGUCGUAGUCGUCAACCACCCAGCAGACGACGCCACAGUCGCUCUCCACCACGCCGAUACAGUCGAGAACGACGACGAGAUAGAAGCCCAGCAUACAGAGAUCGAGGAAGACCACGAUAUCGCUCCCGAAGCCGAUCGCCCAGUCGAUCCCCUUCAAGACGUUCUCGCUCUGCAAGAAGAGACCGUCGUCGACAUUCGCGUGAUGAAGAGGAAGGUCGGUCUCCUUCGGAAGGCCGCGGUGAGUCGAAAGCUGUGGAGAUUAAUGAAGAAGAUGAUGAAGAGACCAAGAUGAUGAAAUUGAUGGGUUUUGGUGGGUUUGAUACCACCAAGAACAAAAAGGUCCCUGGUGCCGAUGUGUCAGCGGCCAAGGUGUCCAAGCCCGUGAAAUACAGACAAUACAUGAAUAGACGAGGUGGUUUCAACAGGCCUUUGGAUAGUGUAUAG